AUGGAACGAAAAAGAAAGAAAAUCAAUGUUGGGAUUGAACAUUGGAGCAAGACUUCAUGUAUGGAACCUCAGCCAGUAGGGAAGCACAAGAAAAGCAACAAUUCGGAAUCCGAAAGGAGUCCUCUAGUUAUUGGAGACUCCCGUUUUCGGAACAAGUUCCGGGCUAACGUUGUUUGCUCUGUUAGUGGUAGUAGUAGACAACACCAGAUACUAGCUUCCAAGGGAAGCACUAGUGCAGAAGAAAAAGAAACUUGUGCCCGAAAAACUGAACAUGGUGGAGAAGCUGUUAAAACUUGGAUUGAUGAUGGCAAGUUUCCUGAAUUCACCAAGAAAUCAUUGUCCCCUCUUCAAGAUGUAACCAACACUGAAUCUUGCAAAGUUGAAAGUUGUUUGAAUCCGAAGCCGAUUCUGGAACAGAAAGGUACUAAUGAAGAUGUCGAAAAUGAACGGAUGGUUGUGAGGAAGAGUGAGAAUGUCGCUGCAGCCUCUAAAGCUUCAACUUCCGGACAGAGAUUAGAAGACAAAGAUAAAUGGAUACGAGAUCGAAGGCGAGUACAGAGUAUACUUGGUGCUUUUCGUGAGUAUCAUGACAUCUUACUGGAGGAACAUGAAAAGAAUAGAGGAUGUAAAAGGGUUGACUUUGAAGCAGCAAAUUGGGUAAGAAGAAAAUAUCUUCUUCCUGCUAAAGCUGUGUUAGGACCAAUUCCCGGCGUCGAGGUUUGCGAUCGAGACAAUGUGGAAGGAGAAGAAUUCAAGAGGAAACUUGGUUUUCAAGUUCAAAUUGGUGAGAAUGCCAGGACAACCAAGUCCAUUUCCUCGGAGAAUUCCCAAAGUUUAGUAGAGGUAGCAAGAUGGGUGCCAGCAUUUUCAACUGAAGCUUGCUCUGCUAGGAGUAGAUUGAAUUUGAACAUCAAUGGCACUUAUAUCAUGAAUGCAUGUAUUUAG